AUGCCGUCUAUCAAAGAGAGAGCUUUGCGGCUUGAAAGAGCCUUGACCUCGACGCCUGACUCGAAGAAUGAAGACUCCUGGAUGAAGAAUACUUCGGAGAGCACCGAGAGACACAGAACAGUUACACAGAAGAGCUAUCUCAACAAAUUUAAGCACCGUCGUGUUCCAGCGAUAAACAAGAGUGCUAGCAGAAGCAAUGAAUCUACCAAGGAGUCGUCAAAUCCGCUACAGCAAAGGAUGGAAAAUAGUUCUGAUAAAGAUAUGGUCAAUACUGAUCGCCAAGGUAGUGCUCUACGUCUUACUUGGCAACUGCUCUGCAGUAGGAGACAUGCUAACUCCUUGAAGGAGAUGUUCUGGACGAAACAGAAAGCACGAUAAUCGUAUCAUCGAAUUGCCCCUUGUGUUCCGACCUUAAACCAUUUUUCGACAGUAAAUCUUGGGGUUUGAAAGACUG